AUGUCUAAUAAUACUGAUAGGAAUUGUAAGAAAUCGACGGAAGUGAGUAGCACUGAAAACCACAGAUGUUGUGGGGGCUCGAGCAGCCCUCUCAAGUGCUGUCAGUUCAACGAUUCCUUGAUUUCCGUGUCGAGGAACGAAGAUGACGAACUCUGCGAAGCGAGAAACGUUUACAUGAAGCCGACGAAUGAAAAUUUCGACAACAACAACAGCAGCAAUGUCCACCUGAUCAAGCGCCAGAUGAAUAAGCACGUGUUCGCCAAGAAACAGGCCAUCGACGUCAACUUUGAAAAAGUUACGUUCUCUUCUACCAGUUGGUCGCUAACCAAAUUCAGAAAAGAAUCCAAGAAAAUUCUUCAUGGAGUGUCCGGUCAAUUCAAGUCAGGUGAAUUAUCGGUCAUCAUGGGUCCUUCCGGUGCAGGAAAAAGCACUUUACUCAACGUACUUGCUGGAUUUGUAUUGAGCGGUAGCACCGGCACUGUCAAACUGAACGCAGUGACGCGCGACUCGAACCCCCGCUACCGCAAGCUGUCGGCCUACAUCCCGCAGGAAGAAGAGCUGCGGCCGGCGCUCACGGCCAAGGAGGCCAUGACGUUCGCGGCGCAUCUCAAGCUGGGCUACGCCGUCUCUGCAGACUACAAAGCGGAACAGGUUUCAGAAAUAUUGGAGCUUCUAGGGCUGAGUGAGUGUCAACAUACAUUAACUUCAAGGUUAUCAGGAGGACAAAGAAAAAGGUUAGCUGUCGCACUUGAGCUACUUAGCAAUCCACCCAUACUAUAUCUUGAUGAACCUACCACUGGCCUGGACAGCUCCUCGUGCACCCAGUGCAUCUCCCUGUUCAAGAAACUCGCCCAAGAGGGCCGCACUGUCGUUGCCACCAUUCACCAGCCCUCGGCGCUGCUCUUCGAGAUGUUCGACCGGCUGUACGCCCUGUCAGAGGGCAGGUGCGUCUACGACGGCCGCCCCGAAGGGCUGGUCGAGCACCUAGGGCAGCUGGAUCUGGUUUGCCCGCCCUAUCACAACCCCGCCGAUUAUCUGAUGGAGGUAGCCAUUGGAGAACACAACGCUGAUAUCAAUGAGUUGGAAGAGGCAACACUCAGAAGUCAAUCGACAAAAAGCAUUCAAUAUAACCAUAGUAAAGGUAAUGAACAGUCAGCCGAUUUGUUCCAGAAGUUUGAUAUGAACUUGCCAUUAGGAUCGACUAAAGUAUUACCUGCGGCGGUGAUUAUGCAGUUCCUCUUGUUGUACAAAAGAAAUUUGUUGAUCACUAGACGAUAUUACAGUGAACCACUAAAUCGCCUAAUAGCCCACAUUGCAAUUGGCUGUUUAUUUGGAUAUUUAUAUAGGAAUGUAGGUGCUAGUGCCAACACAAUUUUGGCUAAUUAUGUUUAUCUUUAUGGGACCCUUCUACUAACAGUAUAUACCGGUAUGAUGCCUGUUACAUUGUCAUUUCCAUUAGAAAUGCGGGUUCUGACAAGAGAGCAUUUCAAUAGAUGGUACAAACUAACCCCUUAUCUAUUAUCUGUGAUAUUGAUAGAGAUUCCAUUUCAAGUGGUAUGUGCAUGGUUGUAUAUAUCCAUUUCCUACGUCCUGACAGAUCAACCUCAAGACUUCAGGAUGUUUUUGUUUGUAUUAUUCGUCACAGCCUGCUCUCUGUGUGCACAAUCCAUGGGAUAUUUUAUAGGAUCCACUACGCCUGUCAAGGUAGCAGUAUUCAUCGCCCCAGUCUUAGCCUGCUUCCUCUCGGUCUUCGGCUUCUGUAUUCGCUCGUUUGACACUCCCCCCUUCUUCAAGUGGAUCUUCACCAUUAGCUACUACAGGGCGGCCUUCCAGAGUCUCGUCUACUCCAUUUAUGGCCUCAACAGGCCGGCCCUGGAUUGUCCGCCCGAGUCCGAGUAUUGCCACUACCAAGACCCCAGGAAGUUCCUCAAAGAGAUGGACAUCGUGGACAUCGAUUUGGUGUCGAAUAUGUCGCUGAUAGUGUUCAUUUGGUGUUUGAUGCACGCCGCUACUUAUCUUACGGUGUGGCUGAAGUUGAGUUUUUUUCAUUUUUUUUUUGAAGAUAAAGAAAGUCAACAGGCCAGCCCUGGAAUGUCUGCCCGAAUCCGAGUAUUGCCAAUAACAGGAUCUGAGAAAGUUUCUUACAGAUAUGGACAUUGUGAACAUCAAUUUGUUGUGGAAUAUGUAUGUUGUUGA